AUGAGCUUGAAAGAAGUAUUCGAACAACAUCCAUGGAGGUCAUUUAAGAAGUUCAAUGAAGCUGCAAAGAGUUGGGGAUUUACUAACAGAGCUGAAGUGAAAAGGUUCUUUGACAAAAAUGUUGUACACCAAACAAAAAUAAACCCUUACGACUACUUUUUACUAAUUUACUCCAACACUCCUGACGCAUACCAAUUUGACACUCUCAUUCAAAGCAGAAAAGGAGGACAUAAACCAUUCCUCAUCUUCAUUAAUGUUAACACUCGUAAAGCAUAUGCAUAUCCAAUGAAAAAUAAAGGAACUCGUGAAGUGUUAAGAGUUUUACAAAAGUUUGUAGCAGAACAUAGCCCAAGUACUUUAACAUCAGACCAAGACAGUGCAUACCUCAGCAAUGAAAUCACAGAUUUUCUCAUUAAGCAUAACAUAACUCACUACACUACUGAAGACCAUAACCAUAACAUACUCGGCAUCAUAAACCGCUUCAUAAGAACGCUCAGAGAUUUAAACCAAGAGCGAGACUUUACCGAAGAAACAAUGAAACAUUUUCUCGAAAUAUAUAAUUCCUCAACACAUUCUACAACAGGACAUACACCAAAUUCAAUGACACAACAACAAGAAGAAAA